AUGUUCAUGCGAAAUGGAAAAGCGAUAAUCGCAUCAUCCUCGUCACUAUCUUCAGUACUUUUGAUUAGCGCAACUCUCCUAUCAGUUGCUAGUAUCGCAAAUGCUAUCGAUAUCACACAACAGGGAUUUUCCGACUUUAUCGGUUUGAUGUCGCGUGAUGCCGAAACGUUACCAGGCCCACUCGCCUUCGGGCACAAAUUUAUGACUGGUGGCGCAGGUGAAGGCUCUCAACAACUUCGACCUGAAUCGGAAUUCGAACAACGCGAACAAGUGAAAAGCGAUAACGUACUGCCGGCGUAUUGUGAGCCACCGAAUCCGUGUCCAGUUGGUUACACAGCAGUUGAUGGAUGCUUGGAAGAGUUCGAGAAUUCAGCUGAAUUCUCGAGAAACUAUCAGUCGAGUCAAAUUUGCAUCUGUGAUCAAGAACAUAUGUUCAAUUGUCCAGCUAAAGGAACUGAUGAAUUGGAAGAAAGUCUUCAGAGUAUUCUCGAUGAAAAUGGAUUUCACAAGAACUUAAUCGCGAAGAAAUUUCACGAGAAACGUGAAAGUUUCAUGGUUUNUAUUGCAGGAACCAAGGAGAAAGAAACGAUCAGUAAGAAAUGUGAACGAAAAGGAUACUGUCCGAGCCAAAAAUCCGUAUCUUCAAGGAGAACCACUGAAAACGGUAUCCAAAAAGGAUGGUAG